UUGUAAGUUCCAUGAGCAGGGCAUUCCUGUUCCUACUGUAUUUAACUGUAUUGCAGUUGCAUUCUCUGUGCAAAAUGUUGGUGCUAUAUAAUUCCUGUAUAAUAAUAAUAAUAAAAGUAACAGCAGGGGCGGACUGACCAUUUGGAAACUCGGGCACUGCCCGAGGGCCCGGGGUCAGUAGGGGGCCCCAUGAGAUGCCCCUGGUACCUUUUUCAUAGGCUUUUUUGAGUAUGGGCAAGGACACAGGGGCCCCAUGAUCCCCUAUUGCCCGGGGGCCCCAUGA